GCCAAGAUGUUUCACUUACAAGGCCCACAAAUGCUGCAGAUGCUAGAGAAAUCCUUGAGGAAGAGCCUCCCUGAGUCCUUAAAGGUUUAUGGGACCGUCUUCCACAUGAAUCAGGGAAACCCGUUCAAGCUCAAGGCCCUGGUGGACAAGUGGCCUGAUUUUAGGACAGUGGUGAUCCGCCCUCAGGAGCAGGAGAUGACAGACGACUUUGAUCACUAUACCAACUCCUACCAAAUCUAUUCUAAGGAUCCCAAGAACUGUCAAGAAGUCCUUGCCGCAUCAGAUAUCAUCAAUUGGAAACAACAUUUGCAGAUCCAAAGUUCACAGUCCAGCCUGGAUGAGGUGAUACAGAAUCUUGGAACCACUAAACUGGUCAAGGUAAGGUAAACACAACGUCUUCUCUACGUGAUGCCAGAGACAGCCAGGAAACUGCUCCCUUCCCUGCUGGAGACAAAGAAUUUACCUCUUCAAACUGGCACCCCCAAGGCCGUUAACCAAGAGAUGUUUAAACUCUCAUCCCUGGAUGUUACCCAUGCUCCUUUGGUGAAUAAAUUCUGGCAUUUCGGCGGCAAUGAGAGGAGCCAGAGAUUCAUUGAGUGCUGUAUCCGGACCUUCCCCACCAUGUGUGUGCUGGGACCUGAGGGGACCCCUGUGUCCUGGUCUCUGAUGGACCAGACAGGAGAGAUGAGGAUGGGUGCCACCAUGCCUGAGUACCGGGGUCAGGGUCUCGCCUCCCAUAACCUACAUGCUCAUGUCCAGGCUCUGGACAAACUUGGCUUCCCCGCAUAUAACCACAUAGACAGAGCCAACAAGAUUAUGCAGAAAAUGAGUCAUAAUCUGCAUCACAUCUGCAUACCCUGUGACUGGAACCAGUGGAACUGUGUGCCUCUGUGAAGCAGCCCUGAACACAGACAGUGCUGGGUGGACUGGUCACAUGGCAGGAGGAACAGAUGGUUGGGCAGAGAGAAAGAAUAAAUUGUAACCAGCAGUAAAGCAGUGCGUGUUAUUUAGGCUCUGGGGAAGCAGUGUGAAUGGUCAACAGAACCGCCACAGUCCUUCCUCGUAAACCACUCAUGGACUUCCCUUUGGGUCCAGCAGAACUGUCAUGGCCAGACCUUCCUGUAGUGGACCCUGGUCUUGUUGAGUUUCCUACACUUUGGGAUCUCGAUGACACUCUAUUCAGCUGCAACUGCCCUAAUGCUUCUCCUGGAUUUCCUAUCUCUCACGUGGAUUGUUGCUAAUGGGUAUAUCUUGUCAGUUUUGCCAAGAUAUGGUAUUAUCUUAUGGGUAGUGUAAUUUUCCCUUUCUCUUUCCAAUAUCCUCCCUUCACCCCCUCCCCAGUUUUAUUGAGGUAUAAUUGACAAAUAAAGUUGUAAUUUAUUUAAAGUGUACAACAUGAUGAUUUGAUAUAUGUAUACAUUGUGAAAGAAUUCCCACAAUUAAGUUAAUUAAUACAUCUGUCAC